GGCAUCGGCCUGAAUGAGAAGAAAUGAUUACCGCACUAGGGGAUAUAUUUCUGGUAACUUAAGACCUCGUGGAAAUUUAAAACAAAAAACAAAACCAAAAACACCUCGCUGUGUCGCCCCCGGCCUGCUGCCCCACCUCCGGCCUUUCUUCAGUACUUCUCCCACUCGGCUUCAGCCAACGAGAAAAGAAGAAACGCGAGAUAGAUGCAUGGGGCGUGGCUAUACUCUGACCAAUGGGAAUCAAGGGCGUGGCCUUGAGCCUUUCUUUCAUUGGCCCAGGGUCCCCAGGGCGGCCUGCACUUCGGCUCCCAAGCGGAAGCCGCGCCGCCACUGGUCUGUGCUUUUAGCUUUGGGUCUUGCGGCACCGGGAGCCGCCAUCAUGGUGCGGAAGCUUAAGUUCCACGAGCAGAAGCUGCUGAAGCAGGUGGACUUCCUGAACUGGGAGGUCACUGACCACAACCUACACGAGCUGCGCGUGUUGCGGCGUUAUCGGCUGCAGCGGCGGGAGGACUACACGCGCUACAACCAGCUGAGUCGGGCUGUGCGUGAGUUGGCGCGGCGCCUGCGCGACCUACCCGAGCGCGACCCGUUUCGCGUGCGCGCCUCGGCCGCGCUGCUGGACAAGUUGUAUGCUCUCGGCCUGGUGCCCACGCGCGGCUCGCUCGAGCUCUGCGACUUCGUCACGGCCUCGUCCUUCUGCCGUCGCCGACUGCCCACCGUGCUCUUGAAGCUGCGCAUGGCGCAGCACCUCCAGGCCGCCGUGGCCUUCGUGGAACAGGGCCACGUGCGCGUGGGCCCCGACGUGGUCACUGACCCCGCCUUCCUUGUCACGCGCAGCAUGGAGGACUUUGUCACCUGGGUAGACUCGUCCAAGAUCAAGCGGCACGUGCUGGAGUACAAUGAGGAGCGCGAUGACUUCGAUCUGGAGGCCUAGCCGACCGAUCUGGAGGCCUAGCCGAUCGUCCCUGCCUUUCGAGGAUGGGAAAGCUGAGACCUGAUGCUUGAGAUUCUGUGAGGGCGCUUGCCCCAAGAGUGUAUCGGCCAAGUCGUUGGUUCUUAAGAACUUUGUCCCUCAGCAGCAGGUCACGCACAGAGCCAAAGGGUACGGCCGUUUUCCAUAAACUUUUCUUGGUCCUUGGACUAUUGAUAAUUACAUUACUGAUUUAAGAGACAAUGGGAAGCGGUUUUGUGCUGCACUGCGGAAUUGUUAGAUUAUGUACCUGAAACAUUGUAGUGCGAAGGAACUUUGAGCCCCUCCCCUCCCCCUAGCUUUCCCUUUAUUAUCUUGUAGCAGGACAGUUUGGUUAAACCUGUUUAAUUCGAGUACUUGCUCUUGUUUUGUGAUUAAGCUAUGUACAGACGAUGGAGAGUCUGGUCUCAAGUUUUCAUAAAAUGGGUGAGAUUAGUAUUCAGGGACCCACCCGUGCCUGAAGGAAUGCUUUCCUAAUGCCAAUAAAUGGCCCAACUUUUGUAAGAGCAAA